AGGGACUGCCAGGAACCAGCGCUAGUACUAGUCAACAAGAAUGUGAUCCUCGAUGAAAGCAGUCCUCAAAAACAUGAGACAGCUCAGCUCAGCUGCUCCGUAUGAGAUUGCGGACAGGACGAUGAGAACAGUUUCUUAAAUCUAAACAGUGGCUACCUGUAACCAUAACACUGAUAGCUGCGUACCCGGAGAACUGUCCACACUGGGGAGUCACCGAGGCGAGUGUCAGCCAAGAUGAAUAUUCAGUUUCUGCUUUCAGCUGCCUUCUGCUUUGGCCUGGUAGUGAAUGAUGCGGCCGCAUGGCAUGUCAACACAGCUGCUUGCCCAAAAGAUCCUGUAGAAGUCGCCUGGGUCAACUACAUCGACGUAUCGCCGUGUUCUGAAGACCCGUGCUCUUUGCAACGUGGAGAAACCUACGAAAUGUCUAUCUCAUUUGAAACAGGUCCAGAGCCAUCUGAUAUACCAGCAUUGACAUACCACUUUUGGCCCAUCAUUCAUGGGAUUCCCUACAUCCCACCUGGCUUCAACCGAACCGACGCAUGCAGGAAGUCUGGCCUGCGUUGCCCACUUGGUGCAAACACUGCGUACGUCUACUCCACACUACUGCCAGUCGCCUCAACUGCCCUGCCGCUUGACAUCACGGUUGAAGUAGGUCUGCGUGACGAGACUACUCAUAUUGACCUACUCUGCAAAAGGUUCCAAGUGAAGAUAGUUUGAAACACAACAUGCCAUGUAGUGUAAACCAA